CCCCCUUCCUCCACUUGACGACUCCCCCUCGCAUCCACGGCAUUCUCUUCCGGGGCGGCUGUGUGCGGGUGUCAUGGCCUCCGUGUACGACGAGGUGGCGAGCCUCCAGGGCCGCCUCCAACGCGAGAAGCAUGGGGACAAGGUUUUAAAGAUUUUGAAGAAACUGCACGCUUUGCCAGUCACGGUUGAGAUUCUGGCGGAAACGGGCGUUGGAAAAUCGGUGAACUCUCUGCGUAAAGAUCCACGCGUGGGUGACGUGGCACGAGCGCUGGUGCUGGAAUGGAAGAAGCUGGUGCCCCAGGAUGAAUGUGCGCCCCGUCCCAUCUCCCAUCGGAGUGUGGAGCAUGGCAGGAGAGACCAGCAGUAUCCCGAGCACACAGCGGAGAACGCUCCAAGUGGCAAGUAUUCCCAGGAGGGCGACGGGGACUCGGACAUGGAAGACAGAGCGCCUCCACAAAGCUUUGUGCGUCAGGAUCACGCGGCCCACAACAAUAUCGUCCACAAGCGACAUGCGAACAAGGGCAGUCCGUGCGACAUGAGGACCGUAAAGACAGUGUCCAGAGAGGGACUCCACACCACGUCAAAAUCAAACAGCUCGGAGGACUUGACAGAAAAAUCCGAGCUUCCCACGCCAUCACUGGGCAAGAGCACACAGAAGCAGAAACACACGUCUGGGGAUGGGAGAACAAAACACAAGGCAAGCAGGACUGAGCAGCAAACAGACAUUCCCAGCAACAAAGCCGAGUUCAGCAGCAGAGAUUCUCGAAAGGAAAGUAAGAUGAAGCCUGAGAGGCAAGCGGCUCCGAGACACGCCAAGGGCUCUCUGCUGAGCGAUGAUGAUUUUGACAGUCCCACCAUGCCCUUUGAGUCCUACCUCAGCUACGACCAGCCACAGAAGAAAAAGAAAAAAAGAUGUAAUGAGGAGCCGGUUGGUGAGAAACUGUGGCACAGCAUGGCGCCGGCAGCAGAGGCAGUGAACCGAGCGAAGAGGGAUGGCAGUGCGGAGUGUGUGGAACCAGUGCCUGAAAGGGCAUCGAGGAAACAGGGAGCAAACGCCGAAGGUCAACGGAGACUAGAGAACCCCUCCAGUGCCUCCAGAUCCAAAAAGCACAAGUACGAGGUGGUGCCCUCGCUUCCGGACAUCACGCUGCCCCUCAUUCAGCCGAACUACUGGCCCCUGCCCUCGGCAGAGCUCCUUGAGCUCUCACCACAAAAGAAGAAAGCGUUGCAGAGCUCCGUGGCUCCACUGGAUGACGGCUUCACGGGGAAACGCCUGAACAGCAAGAUGGCUGUGUACUCAGGCACCAAGACGGCCUUCUUACCCAAGAUGAUGUCGCUGUACGAGCAGUGCCUGCGCGUGCUGCAGAACAACAUUGAUUCCAUUCACGAGGUUGGCGGGGUGCCCUAUGACAUACUGGUGCCAGUGCUGCUGCGUUGCACGCCGGAGCAGCUCUACCGCAUUGAAGACUGCAACCCGAGCUUUGUGGAGGAGACGACUGAGCUGUGGGCGGGACACUGCGCACGAGAUUUCCGCAAUGAGGCAAGGCAAGAGUAUGAAUCGUGGCGAGAGUUGUACCUGCGCAAGUACGAAGAGCGGGAAGCACGCCUCAAGCGACUCACCCAGUCCAUCAGCAGCACCCACUCCAGCAAACCUAAAGGGCGCCAGGUCAAGUUGGCAUUUGUGAAUACAACGGUGAAGCCACCGCGUGAUGUGCGACGUAAACAGGAGCGUCACGGCACAGGGCGUCCCACGCCUUUCGGUGCUACCGAGCGCUUACGGGACAAGACUCCUGUUGCCUUGGUUCCGUUGAGUGGGGAGUGUCAUGCAAUGGCGAGUGCAGGUGGGAACUCCGAUGGGACAUCCGUUCGACCGCGCUCGCUCAGCCCAGUCCCAGGACCCUCCUCAUCUGGGUCAUCAGCAGGCGGAGAUAAGAGACAAGUCAAAAAAGUCGCACCAAUGAUGGCAAAGACCCUGAAAGCUUUCAAGAACCGUUUUGGCAGGAGGUAGACAUGUGGCGUGGAGGGAAAAGCUGUGCAAGGCGGAAGGCGCAGGACGGCGCCUGCACCUGGCAACGCUGCUGUGCUGCUUGAGCCCUGGGCCCCAGCCCCGCUCCUCGAACUACUGCACCACUACACACAUUCGGGCUGGCACUUGAAAUUUUAAUUUUUUAAACUUUUUUUAUUUUAGAUUUGAAGUUUUCGUGACUGCAAGGAUCCAUACUCUUUGGUUAUUUCGGUAAAGUCACGUAGGUAAAAAAUAAUAAUACAUUUUUGCAGUUUUCAUCAUGAACUAAUCAAGUGAGAUGUGAACGAUGGGGGAAGUUAUAAGGAACCCCCUGGCUGCCUGUUUCUUCAUCACUCGGACCUAUGCUUCAUGCUUGUCAAUCUUAUACGCUGUUGCUCUAAUUUUGGUGCCGUUUUUUCAAUGAAGGAACGCAAGAGACCCGAGAUCGUUGUAUUUAAUGUGGCACAGGAAAUAGCUGUUGUUCUUUAAAGAUAUGGUUGGUGGCCAUCUGCGCUUGUGAUUGCAUACCGGGAGACCCUUAUACAUUUCCCGAGGCAAAAUGCCACGAAGAUUACAACUCGCACUAAAACUGUACCCAGAGAAUUCUGCAGCGUCUUUAGGUUUCCGUUUUAUUACCACUUUAGCUGUGGUGCGUGUGGACAAAGAGGCUUGCCCAUACUUCCCUGUGAUGCGUGAACGUCCAUGGGGCCUUGAAGGGCUCGAGAAGGCAGUGCAUUGGAACGUCCGAUGUCGGUCAUUUUCACAAUGAAAUGGCUGAGCUCAGCCAAACGUGUAGACAUGUUACACCGUGGUGUAAAGUGUAACUUAAUACAUUGUAAAAUAAAAACACGAAUCGUAACUCA